AUGGCGGCGCUCGGUGCAGCACUGCAGCUGGGGCUGCUGUUCGUGGCGGAGUGGGUCCUGGCCGUGCUGCUGGUCGCCGUGAUUAAGAACCUGCUGAGCAGCCCGCAGAUGCAGUUCCCAUACCCGCUGUUUGCCACUGCGCUCAUGAACGCAGGGACGGCCCUGCUGGCGCUGGCUGUUGGUCAGGCUCGGCGGGCAGCCUUCUACGUGCAGUCGGGCAGGUCCGCGGGGCUGUCGCCCAGCCGGCUGGUGGCCCUUGGCCUUCGAGGCCUCUUCAACCUGAAGCCGCGUAUCGAUUGGGCGGAUUACUCCAGGGGGUUGAUGCCCAUAGGUUUGAUGAUGGGGCUGGAGGUGGGGUUGUCCAACACGUCCCUAAAAUUGUUGCCAGUAUCUCUGCGGACCAUGAUCCACGCGUGCGGUCCUGCGUCCACCCUGCUCUCGGCAUGGCUGUUUGGGUUGGAGCGGCUCACCUGGAAAAUCCAAGUGGUAAUCCUCCUUGUCGUUGGUGGAGGGCUGCUCAGUGCUUGCACGGACAGCGACGUGGGGACCAUCUCGCAUCUCGGCUUGACGACGGCCGUGCUGGCACUCGCCAUGCAAGGAUUCAGGUUCGCCUUCUCGCAGAAGGUCCUGCGGAGAGGAGUGACGCUCAUGCUCAGCGACGAGAGCCGCAGGGAGGUCCUGGCGAGGCUGCGCCUCGGCGACUCGACUGGGCGGCUGCGGGACGCAGAGACGCCCUUCUUCGAGGCGAUGUACCCCGCCGCUGGCCAUCGGGACGGCACGCCAGGCAGGCCAGGGGUGGAGGCGCUGGUCGCGGGCCGCGGCGACUGGCCGAAGGUGCCGGCCGCCACGGGCGUCGGCGAGCUGCCCCGACCGGCCAGCAGCCCCGAGAUCCCUACGGAGCUGCGCGCCUUCGUGAAGGCCCGCGCGGGCUCCAAGGCCGCGCACGUGAGCAAGAUCGAGAUCAUGUCGCUCACCAACCCGCUGACGGCUGCCGUGUGCUUGCUCCUGGCAGCCGUGUCCGAGCCCGGCGCGUUCGGCGCCUUCGCCACGGGCUGGCGCGCCGUCGGGCUGAGCAUCCUGUCGUGCUCCGUCUUCGUGCUCCUCAAGAUGGGCCUAGACUUCCUCCUGAUCCAGCGGACGUCCGCCUUCAUCUUCUCCCUGGCUGGCGUGGUGCACAACCUGCUCGUAUGGGGACCUUUUCCUCCUCUGAGGAGCGGCCCGCACCGCUGGCCUGGGCCGGCUUCGCGGUCAUCAGCAGCGGGGUGA